UUGAAAUUAUUGUGUUACGUCAUUUAAAAUGGCUGAACUAAAUAUUGGAAAACAUUGUGAGAUUGAAUCUUGCAAACAAAAAGACUUUCUACCAUUCGUAUGCAGCAGCUGUUCUGGAGUGUUUUGUUUGGAACACAGAAGCCGGGACUCCCACUCUUGUCCAGAGGUGCUGGUGAAGAAAGAGAUUGGGUCUGGGGGAAGCAAAUCAUAUCCAUGUAGCUAUGAGGACUGCAAAGGGAAAGAGCUGCUGCCUGUCAUCUGCCCACACUGUGAAAAACACUUCUGUCUCACACAUCGGCAUCAGGAUGACCAUAAGUGUGAGAAACUGGAGAUUCCAAAGCCUCGCAUGGCUGCAACACAGGAGCUGGUGCAGAAGAUAGUGGAGUCAAAGAAGAAUGCACCACCAAGUAAAGGCAGAAAAGGCGCAAAAAAUGCUGCAACCAUCAUUUGA